AUGUCCCAACAACAUGAUGUCAAGGCCGCCACUGAAGGUGUCGCCAACCUACACCUCGAUGAAGUUACAGGGGAAAUGGUCUCCAAAUCUGAAUUGAAGAAGCGUAUCAAACAAAGACAAGUUGAAGCCAAAAAAGCUGCCAAGAAGGCUUCUGCCCAACCAAAACCAGCUCCUAAGAAGAAAACUGAUUUGCUAGCCGAUUUGGAUCCAUCACAAUAUUUCGAAGCUAGAUCUCGUCAGAUCCAAGAAUUGAAGAAGACCCAUGAACCAAACCCAUAUCCUCACAAAUUCCACGUUUCCAUUUCUAAUCCCGAAUUUUUAGCCAAAUACGCUCAUUUGAAAAAAGGUGAAACUUUACCUGAAGAAAAGGUUUCCAUUGCUGGGAGAGUUCACGCUAAAAGAGAGUCGGGUUCCAAAUUGAAAUUCUACGUCCUCCACGGUGAUGGUGUUGAACUUCAAUUGAUGUCUCAAUUGCAAGAUUACUACGACCCUACCUCCUACGAAAAGGACCACGACCUAUUGAAAAGAGGUGAUAUCGUUGGUGUCGAAGGUUAUGUUGGAAGAACUCAACCAAAGAAAGGUGGUGAAGGUGAAGUAUCUGUUUUUGUUAGCAAAGUGCAACUGUUGACACCAUGUUUGCAUAUGUUGCCUGCCGACCAUUUCGGAUUCAAAGACCAAGAAACCAGAUACAGAAAGCGUUAUCUGGACUUGAUCAUGAACAAGGAUGCUAGAAACCGUUUCAUCACUCGUUCUGAAAUUAUCCGUUACAUCAGAAAAUUCUUGGACCAAAGAAAGUUUAUAGAAGUGGAGACUCCAAUGAUGAACGUUAUUGCCGGUGGCGCCACCGCCAAACCAUUUAUUACCCAUCACAAUGAUCUUGAUAUGGACAUGUACAUGAGAAUUGCUCCAGAGUUAUUUUUGAAACAGUUAGUCGUUGGUGGUUUGGACCGUGUUUAUGAAAUUGGUAGACAAUUCAGAAAUGAAGGUAUUGAUAUGACACAUAACCCAGAAUUCACUACUUGUGAGUUUUACCAAGCGUAUGCCGAUGUUUAUGAUUUGAUGGACAUGACUGAGUUGAUGUUCUCAGAAAUGGUCAAAGAAAUUACUGGUUCUUACAUCAUCAAAUACCAUCCAGACCCGGCUGAUCCAGCUAAAGAGUUAGAGUUGAACUUUUCUAGACCAUGGAAGAGAAUUAACAUGAUUGAAGAACUGGAAAAGGUAUUUGAUGUCAAAUUCCCAGCUGGUGAUCAAUUGCACACCGCCGAAACGGGUGAAUUUUUGAAGAAGGUUCUUGCCGACAACAAAUUGGACUGUCCACCUCCGCUAACUAAUGCUCGUAUGUUGGACAAGCUUGUUGGUGAAUUAGAAGAUAUAUGUAUCAAUCCAACUUUCAUCUUCGGUCACCCUCAAAUGAUGUCUCCAUUGGCCAAGUACUCAAGGGAUCAGCCAGGUUUAUGUGAACGUUUUGAAGUCUUUGUUGCUACAAAGGAAAUUUGUAACGCCUAUACCGAGUUGAACGAUCCAUUCGACCAGAGAGCACGUUUUGAAGAACAAGCAAGACAAAAGGAUCAAGGUGAUGAUGAAGCUCAAUUAGUCGAUGAAACCUUCUGUAAUGCCUUGGAAUACGGUUUACCACCGACCGGUGGUUGGGGUUGUGGUAUUGAUAGAUUGGCAAUGUUCUUAACUGACUCCAACACGAUUAGAGAGGUCCUGUUGUUCCCAACUUUGAAACCUGAUGUUUUGAGAGAUGAAGUUAAAAAAGAAGAGGAACAAAAUUAA